AUUAUUCAUUUCACACGUUCUACGUUUUGCGAAUGCUGAAUGUGAUUGGUUGCUAAGGGUGUGGCGUCAUCAUCAGGCGACUGAUCGCGGCGGUUCCUCGAGAUCUGGGAACUCAUUUUCAUUCAACAAUAACGCUUGAAAUUUGUCCUCAUGGCAACAGAGGGUGAAGUGAAGACGAGUGAGGAUGCUCCAGCAACUGGGAAGGUCAGCACCAGGUUUGACUUGGAGAAGGAGACUGAACUUCGUUUUGAGGUGGAGUCAGGAGAGGCAGCAGAGCAAGUUGAGCUGGAGCUCCUCUCGGGGAUGGCUGAGGUGUUUGGCUCAGAACUGAACCGCAACAAGAAAUACACAUUUGGACCAGGCUCCAAGAUUGCAGUUUUCACCUGGCAGGGCUGCGGUGUGAAUCUUUAUGGGAAGCCAGAGGUGGCAUAUGUGUCGAAGGAUACUCCCAUGCUGCUCUAUCUGAACACACAUGCAGCCUUGGAGCAGAUGAGAAAACAAGCAGAGCGGGACAAUGAGAGCGGACCAAGGGUGAUGGUGGUGGGACCUACAGACGUGGGGAAGUCAACAGUGUGUCGGAUUCUGUUAAGCUACGCUGUAAGGGUGGGCCGGAGGCCAACACUGGUGGAACUGGAUGUCGGACAAAGUGGGGUGUCUGUACCAGGGACAGUGUCAGCCCUGUGCAUUGAACGCCCGGCAGACGUAGAGGAGGGAUUCUCAGUCCAGGCUCCUUUGGUUUACCACUUUGGUUCUACUACCCCAGGGACCAACAUCAAACUUUACAAUAAGCUGACAUCAUGCCUUGCUGAGGUGUUUUCCCAGCGCUGUGAGGUGAACAGGAAGGCCAGCGUGGGAGGUUGUAUCAUCAACACCUGUGGUUGGGUGAAGGGCUCUGGAUACCAGGCUCUUGUCCACUGUGCCUCAGCCUUUGAAGUUGACGUGGUGCUGGUGCUGGAUCAUGAGAGGCUCUACAAUGAACUCAAACGAGACCUUCCUCACUUUGUCCGGGUUGUGCUCCUCCCCAAGUCUGGAGGGGUGGUGGAGCGCUCCAAGGAGUGCAGACGGGAUGCACGGGAUGAGAAGAUCCGCGAGUACUUCUACGGCUUCCGUGGCGUGUCCUUCUUCCCUUUUUCCUUUGAGGUGCGUUUUGCAGAUGUCCGCAUCUACAAAAUUGGGGCACCGUCCAUCCCGGACUCGUGCUUGCCACUGGGAAUGUCUCAGGAUGACACACAGCUGAAGCUUGUGCCUGUAACACCAGGAAGAGACCUCACAUAUCAUGUGCUCAGCGUGAGCAGUGCAGAGGAUGGAGAAGAAGGUGCCAGAAAGGGUAUAGUGGAGAGCCCUGUGUGUGGCUUCAUUGUUGUGACUCAUGUGGACACGCAGACUCAGGUGCUGAAAGUGCUGUCCCCUGCGCCCAGGCCACUGCCCAGACACACUCUGCUCAUCAUGGACAUUCGCUUCAUGGACAUGAAAUGAAGGAACACUUCUGGAAAGAGGACUUGGCGUGGAUUGUGUUUGUUAGGAAUUUGGUGGAGAAGAAUGUUGUAUCCCAGUUGUCUUGUGUGUGUUUUGUAAGGGCAAAAGAGAAAAAGAUUUAAGUACUGAAAUUGGUAGCUGACGAGCUGCUGUUAAUUAUACCCCAUUUUAUAGAACAUGGAUAUGGAUUUUGGGGCAAUUUAUGGCAAGGGAUAUUUUAUCCUGAGGAAUUAUUUUUGUGAUAAUCUAUUUUAUAAACACUUUUUCUCUUGAAUAAUAAAUUUUUACAUGUCGAAGG